UCCCGUCCAGCCAUUUUAAGCGUUUGUGUCUUCUGUGGAGAGAGACCCGCAGGUUGUUUCCCCAGUGUCCGUGUUCCAUCCACUUACUGCAAGAGCCACCGGAGGACAGCAGGACACCCGGUGACUGGAAAUGGAGUCAGUGGCCUUUGAGGAUGUGGCUGUGAACUUCUCCCUGGAGGAGUGGGCUAUGUUGAAUCCAUCCCAGAAGAACCUCUACAAAGAUGUGAUGCAGGAAACCUUGAGGAACCUGGCCUCUAUAGGGAGCAGUUUGGAGCACCAUAUCAUUGAAAAUAUAUACCGAAAUUCCUGGAGAAAACUAAGUGGUCAAGUGGUGGAGGGACUGUAUGACUGUAAAGAUGAUCAUCAGUGUGCAGAAAUCUUCGACUUCACUACACACAGUAUUGUAAACCAGAACUCCUUACCAGGAGUACAUAUAUGUGAAAACAGUGGAUGCGCAACAGUAGUCAUUGGCCACUUGUCUCUAAGUGUACUCCUAAAACCUGACAUAAAACGUGAGUCGUGCGAAGACCAGGAGUAUGGGAAGGAAUUAUACAAUAUGGAAUUUGGGGCCACCUCCAGUUCUCUCACAUCAUUUGAGAACUAUGAAAGUACUUAUACUCUAGAGAGACUGUAUAAAACUGAGCAUUGUGAUGAAGACUAUAGAUAUGGUCAAACUGUUGAAAAGACUUUCACUGAAGAAAAGCCCUUUGAGUGUAAGCAAUGUGGGAAAUGUUUUAGUUCCUCCAGGUACUUUCGAAGGCACGAACGACGUCAUCGUGCAAAGAAAUGCUAUAUCUGUAAGCAGUGUGGGAAAGCUUUUGCUUUUCCCACUUACCUACAAACACAUGAAAGAAUUCACACAGGGGAGAAGCCAUAUGUAUGCCUGCAGUGUGGGAAAACCUUUGCUCAUUCUCGUUCCCUUAAAACACAUAAAAGAACUCACUCUGUUAGGGACCUCUUUGUGUGCAAUUACUGUGGGAAAACCUUACGUCAUUACAGUUCUCUUCAAAUUCAUACAAGAAUUCACACGGGAGAGAAACCUUACGUGUGUAAACCAUGUGGUAAAGCCUUCAUUACUUACCGUUCCUUUCGAAUACAUGAAAGAAUUCAUACUGGAGAAACACCUUAUGAAUGUAAGCAGUGUGGAAACACCUUCAUGCGUUGGAUUCAGUUACGAAAACAUGAAAUAAUUCACAGUGGUGUGAAACCCUAUGCUUGUAAGCUAUGUGGAAAAAGCUUUACUUGUUCUGGGUCCCUGAGAACACAUGAAAGAAUUCACACUGGGGAGAGACCCUAUGUGUGUGACCAGUGUGGAUAUAGCUUUACUCGGUUGAAUUCACUUUUAAGACAUAAAAUAACCCACACUGGUGAGAAGCCCUACGUGUGUAAUCAUUGUGGGAAAACUUUUCCUCGGUCUGCUUCCCUUCAGAGACAUGUCAAAAUUCACACUGAGGAGAAGCCCUAUGUAUGCAAGCAGUGUGGGGUUGCCUUUGCUAGUUCUACUGACCUUUUAGAACAUGAACAAACGCAUAUUGAUGAAAAACCUUACAUAUGUGAGCAAUGUGGGAAUGCCUUUGUGCUGUGGAGUCAGUUUCAGAAGCAUAAAGCACUUCACGCCGUCCCAGUUUCCUAUGUGUGUAAGCAGUGUGGGAAGAGCUUCACAUCUUCCAGGUCACUGAAGACACACGAGAGAAUCCACACUGGCGAGAAGCCCUAUGAGUGUAAGCAGUGUGGGAAAACCUUCCUGUGGUCUUACUCCCUUCAGAGACAUGAAAAAACUCAUACUGAAGGGAAGCUCCAUGUGUGUAAACAGUGUGGGGAAACUUUCCCUUAUGACAGUCAUCUUCAGGUGCAUGAAAAGCUGCACUUUGACGAUGAACCUUUUAACUGUAAGUACUGUGGGAAGCCCUUCUUCACUUUGAACCAUUUGCAUAGACAUGAGUUACUUCACACCACCCUGGAUCCCAGUGUUUUUUAGUAAUGUGAGAAAAAAAUUUUUUUUCACUUUGUGGCUUUCAUAGAAAUAAGAAAAAUCAUACUGGGAAAAGACUGGAUUUGUGCUAGCAAUGUGGAAAAACCUUUUGAUUUGUUUCAUUGAAAGAAACAUGAGAUGUCACAAUGAGGAGAAAACUUUUUCUUUUUAAAAAAAAAAUCAACAUACAAAUGGUUUUUGAGCUUAAAGCUUCUUGAAGUACAUCAAAGAGAAACGGGCCUCUGACUCUAAGCAGUAGAGUAAAGCCUUCUGCAAUCCUAGAUCUUGGAGGAGACAGGAGAAAACUCACACUAGAGAAACUUUUAUGUGUGUGUGUGGUGUUGUAAAAAAGCCUUUUCUGCUUCCCCAUUCCCUCUGAAUACGUGGAAGGAGUCACUGGAGAGAAACCUUUCAUAUAUAGGCAAUCUUGGAUAGUCUGGGUUAUCACAUCCUCUUACAGAAAUGAAAGAACCUACUGUAGAGAAACCUUAAAAACAAGAUUUGUGAACUCUUCAUUAUCAGCUUCAUAGAACUCACAAGAAUGUACAUGGGGAGAAUUCCUAUCAGUGGAAACCUAUAUGAACACCAUUUGGUUCAGUGAACAGACAAGGAGAAAACUUGAUAUGGAGUGUUAAUCUUCUCAAAAGAGAUGUUCAAGGUUUCAUUUGGCACAGAUGGAAACACAUACCGGAUGAAAACCUUUGCUGUUGAGAAACAUUGGAAAAUCUAGAGCAGUAGCAAAUAAAAGUCCUUAGAAUUUUUUUCAUGUUUAAUCUGAUAAUUGUCAGUAUUAUGAAGGACUGGACCUAUUAUUUUUGUAGCAUGCUCCAGGAAAUGCACACUCUGAAGAGAAUGUUAUCAGUACAGUAUUUUGUAUUUAUUGAAAAUUUUCAGGGGCUGAUAAGGAUGAGUUAGCCUUUAAGAGCAUCUGCUGCUCCUUCUAAAGGAUAUUGAGUUAACCUUUAAGAGCAUUUACUUUGCAGCACCAUGUCCCAGGGCUCACAACUGCAUGUGACUCCAGGUACAAUUCUUCCCUCAUACACUUGUAUGCAUAAAAAUAAAACUUAAAUAUUUUUCUAGGUUUUUUUUUUUUUCCCCAGAGAAGCUUUUGUUGUGUAUCCCAGUUUGACCCGGAACUGUUAAUCUUCCAGCUUCUACCUUUUGAAUAUUUAAAAUGAAAUGUCUCUGCUUCCACAUUCACCAUCAUUAGCUCCUGUUAAAGAGUCCACCUCUUGACUUGUUUUUAAAUUUUACUCUACAAAAGCAAGCAGUCAGUAGCAGAGCAUUGAGUAAUGUGGAAUGGCAGCUUAAAUGCAUGAACUGCAGACCAGUAAGACCUACAUAUGAAAAAUGCUGACAGGAAUAGAAAGUGCAUUUAUUUAUUACAUUUUGUGAGACUUCUUAAAGCAAUCAUGUAUUAGUUUAAUGGGUGAUAUCUUUUUGUAUUGGAUAAGUAGAUGCUUCUCAUUGUAAAUUAUGUUGGAUUCAUUGGUGAAUUGAUAUUUGAAGUAUGCCAGUCCACAUAAAUAUCUUUAAAAGCAUUUUAGUAUUUAUGUGUGCGCAUGUGAGUAUAUGUAAACAUAUGCCCAUGGAGGCUAGAGUGCUUUGGAGAUAGCAUUACAAAUUUUGUGACAUGUUUGAUAUGUGUCACGAGAUCGAAAUCCUAGUCUUCAUGAUAGAACAGUUAAGUACUCUUAACUGCUGAGCCCCCUCAAGCCCCUGCAUAAAUGUCUUGUUUUUCAAUUAUGUUUAAUGGGUAGUUUUAAAAAAAUGGCUUUGUGAAUAUUGGAAUAGUCCUAUUGGUUUUAUUUGGCUGAUUAUAAGCAUUUUGUGUAUAUGUUCAUUUUUCAUGAAAAAAAUUGUGUGUACAUGUGUUUUGGGGGGCAUUGUUUAUGUGUUGCUGGUGUGGUUGGUGGUGUUCACCAAGUGAGCAAAUAUAUUGGGUGUCUUGCUCUAUCACUGUGUUAUUCCCCCAAGUCAGAGUCUCACUGACCCUGGAGCUGGGCAGGCAACCAGCAGCAGCAGCAGCAGCAGCAUUUCUCUACUCCCCGUAGUGCUGAGUAUAGACAGUGUAAAAGUUAAGUGGCGCUUCCUCCCAGCCCCAUGUUCCCAGAAACAAGACUCGGACUCAAAAUAUAUCUACAAGUACCUUAGCCAUAUUGCUAAGCUCUUUUCUGACUAGAUCAUAACUGAAGUUAACCCAUUUAUUUUAACCUACAUUCUGCCAUGUGGCUGAUUACCUGUGCUGAGGUACCAUGUGGCUGUCUAGUCACAUCUUCCUGGGUAAAUCUGCUUCUGCCUUUGGCUGUAUCCCAGAAUCCUUUCUGCUUCCUGGAUGUCCCACCUUCUAUUUCCUGCCAUGGGCCAUAGCUUUUUAAUUGACCGGUACAAUACAGAAGAUAUUCUCUCUAGAGAUACUCUCAGUCAUUCCCAGCUUUUUAUUGAUAGGGAAUAAAACUUGAGUCCUCAUGAUUGCACAGCAAGUGGACUCCCCACUCAGUCACCCCCUCAGACCUAAACCAGUUUUAAAUUGAUUGUUUCUAUUGUUUAUGUUGUUCUCUGAUAUGUUCUCAUAAUCCUUAGUAUGUGUUCUGACUUUGAAGUAUUUUAAAAUAAUUUUUAGAAUAGCAAAUGUUGAUUUUGUUUUUCCUAUUCAGAAAGUAGGUGUAAGUAUACUGUAAUCAUAGGUCAGACCGUCUUUCCAAGUUGGCUUAUUUCUUUCUUUUGAGAAUUUCAUACACAUAUACAAUAAAAGAGAAUCAUGUAUACUCACUGUUUCUCCUUCCAACCCUCCCUAUUUCUUCCAAACACUCCCCUCUUAACUUUGUCUUUAAAAAUAAUCUACUAGUCUAGUUAGUGUUACUCAUACAUGCAUGAGUAUGGGGCCAUCUACUGGAGGAUGGGUGACCUACAUCUUCACAAGUAAUUCUCUUCCCCGCCUACCCCCACCCCCACAGCAGCUAUUCACUGCCAGUAGCUUCUCAGUAGGGGAUAUGCUGGGAUUUGGGCUUACUUAGUCUUACAAUGUAGGUCUUGUGCAUGCAGUCAUAUUUGCUAUGAGUUCAUGAUUAUAGUAACCAUGUCAAAAAACAAAACAAAAAUACCCAGCAUUUCACAGUACUCCUCCCUCUGGCUCUUGUAUUCUUGUUGCUUUUUUAUUUUCCCUGAGCCUUGCUGAUGGUGGAGAUUAAUAUAGCUGUCUCAUUUAGAGGUGAACAUUCAGUCUCUUCAUAGCCUUUUGACCAGUUGUGCAUCACUCCAUUGACAGCUGUCCAUUGUAAAAAGAAGCUUCUCUGACCAAAGUUGAGAGCAGUCAGUUGCCAAGAGCUGGAUGGAUAGCGGGAACUUAGUUUUUAGGGGAUUUUUUUCUUUUUCCUUUUUCUUUUUUUUUUUAAGAUGGUGUCAUGCUACAUGGCCAUGGCUAGCCUGGAACUUUCUGUGUAGGCCAGAUUGUUGUCAACUUGCGCUUAAUAUUUAUUUUAAGUCAUGAACUAUUAUUAUUGUAUGUGUGUAUUUAUAUAAUUUUACUGUGUAAAUUUUGCUUUUCAUGUUUUUUCAUUUUCAUUACAGUUUCUCUAGUUCUUACACUAAGAUACAUUGGUAUCUUACAUUGGCCUUACUAAAACCAUGUGUUCAAUAAAUUUACUAACUAUAUACAUGGUGAGUGAGUCAUCUAUUAAAGGAUUUUUCUAUAUUUCUGAGAGAACUGGUGUUUUAAUUUAGGAGGUCUUACGGGGAUGGUUCUGUAGUUUGGUGUCACUGUGUUGGAUGCACUGAGGGGUGACUGUAGUUCUGUUCUUGUAGUCACAACAGUUAUUACCCAGAAGACUGAGUGUUGGAUUAAGGGAGAUGGAAUUCAUGAGAUGUGCUAGUCUGCCAGUGAGUAGGAGGUACUUUCCUAUUUCAUGAAUCAGAAUGUUUCACAGGUUUUCAACCUGUGUCCUUUUAGAAUGCCUUUCUGUCAUGGUCAUUAAGGAACAUUGCUCACUGGUGGAGGCUUGGGACAUGUCCUUCAGUGGCAGAAGAUGUGCCUUGCUGUGUGAGGAGUAGUGUUCUGAAUCAUUUUGUAUUUCUUAGUUUCUAUAUAAACACUAAUAUUUACUGUAAUAUGAUGGAUGCAGUUGACCACAUAUAUAGGUAUGCCUAGAGUUUCCAUAACAUUACAUUAUGAUAAAGUAAAGUGGGAAUAUAAGAAAAGCACUUUACACUCAACCUAGUGGUCAUCACACCUUAGGCUAGUCUACAGCAACAAUUUUGGCCACACUUAUAUUUUCCUUAAGUUGGAGAAAGGGGCUUUGUUUUUUUCUUUGUAUAUAAUUUUUUUAUUUAAAUGUUUUUUAAAUUGUACAUUAGCAAAGUUACAGGUUUUCAAAUUACAUUGUAACCCAGGUUUCCAUGUACUUUAACCAUAAUCACUAACUGAUCUUUGUUCCUGUUUCUUCUCCCCAGUGGUCCUGUUCUCCCAAAUAGACUCACUUAGGACUUCAUCUCUCUAGUUUGUUAAAAUCUAGAUCCUGUUCUGUAUAGAAGGAACACCAUUUGGGACUGAGUUGUCACUUACAUAUCAAUCUCCUGUUCCAUCCAUUUUCCUGCUAAUAACAGUUCUUGGUGACCUACAAUAGUCUGUGCUUUAUAUAUACUACAUUAAAAAUUGAAAAUUUUUAGUUUAUCUAUUGAUGGGCACUUAGGCUGAGAUGGGCACUUAGGCUGAUUCUGUAGUUGAGUGCAGUGAGUUGAGUAGGAACAUGAGUACAAGUAUUUCUAGUAUAAUCUGAUUUAGAUUCCUUUUGUUGUAUACUAAACAAUACUACAGCAAGAUCAUAAGAUAGUAUAUUUUCAUUUUUGGUGAAACUUUUAUUUUCCAGUGUGACCAUGCUAAUACCCAUUUCCAGGAGCAGCCGUACAUUCUCACCAAUUUGCAUUUUAGUUUGGUUUCUUGAUAGCUAUUCAUACUGCGGUAAUAAAGUUAAUUGUAUUGAGAAUUUUUCACGUAUUUAUUGUCUAUUUUUAUAUUGUUUGAGAAUGGAUUGUUUCCACUUGUGUUGAUUCAGUUACUUAUUCAUUUAUAAUUUUUGUUGCUGUAUACUGGUUUUCUCAUGUUUCGUUUAUCUUAAGUUGCUUUUAAGCUUGCUCUGUGUGUGUGUGUGUGUGUGUGUGUGUGUGUGUUGUCUGUAUGUUAAUCCCUUGUCAGAUGAGUGAGAGUCCAAAGAUAUUUUACCCCACUCUAUGGCUUUCUCCGUCAAUUGUUUCCUUUUUCUUUAUAAAAGCUUUUUAACUUAUUGCAGCUACUAAUUCUCAUUUAUACUUUGGGGGAUUUUGUUUGUUUGUUUUGUUUUUAACAUGAGUUAUUUCUUUGUAGGCCUGACUGGCCAGGAAUUUACUGCAUACAUGAGGCUAGCAUCUAAUUUACAGCUCUCUUCCUUCCUCUGUUUUUCUGGAUGUUAACAUUGUAGUCCUGAGCCUCUAAUGUCCAUUCCCUAUUUGUCAUGCUUCCUGUAAACUAUUAGAUUGAGAAUGCCAUUGUCCAAGCCUAUAGCUUCAUGUAUUCUGUAGAUUUUCCUCUGAGUUUCAAGUUUUGUAGGCCUUAUGUUAACAAUUCAGUUUGUCUUGCUUUUAUACAGAAUGAUAGAGGGAUUUAGUGAUAUUCUUGUACCUACAAUGUUGAUUUCCUGUUGAAGCCAUUUAUUAUCCUAUGCAUAAUUUGGAUACCUUCAGAAAUCAGGUGUGGCUACAUGGUUAUUCUGAGAUUGUACCCUUCCAUUGCUCUGUGUGUCUGUUUGUAAGUUAUAUAAUGGGAAUUAAUUUUGGUUUUCUUAAAGUUACAGGAUUGUGUUUUCUAUUUCUGGAACUAAUGACAUUGAAUUUUGAGGGGGCAUGUGUGGAGUCUGAACACUUAAUACUUUUUCAUAUUAUGGUGGUGAUUUGUGAGCAUAGGAAUGCUUUCCAUUUUCUAGAGCCUUCAAUUCUUUAGUGUUUUUAAAUUGUUACUAUGUACAGCUUGACUAAGUUAAUUCACAGGUGAAUUUGACUCUUAGGCUUUUAAGAUGAUUUUUUAAAAAAUUAUUUUAUCACCAUUUUCAUUGUCAUAUAAAUGGCUACUUGUUUUUCUAUACUGACUUUAUUGUACUACUUUGGUGAAGUAAUGAUUAGUUGAAGGAAUCUUGGUGUGGCACUUUAUGAACAUAGGAGCAGUCAAGAGAACUGGCUCCUCUUCUAGGACUGACGCUUGAUUACCUAUGUGGCACCUCACAACUGAAUUCCAGUUCAAAGGAAUCCAACACCCUCUUCUGAUCUCUGAGCACCAGACAUGCACAUGGUGCACAGACAGACAGGCAGGCAGAACACCCAUACCAGGUAAUAAUAAUAAUGAUUCUAUUGUCCAUAAAUAGAUAUUUGGCUUCAUUUUAACUUCUGUUUUCUUUCCUCAGUGUUAGGGUUGAGCCAAGGAGCUUGUGUGUGGUAGGCAAGCGGUGUGUCACUGAACUGCAGCCACACAAUUGUAUCUCUUUCCUUUUUCUUUUUAAAUUUUCCAGCUGAGAAUGUAAGAGAUGUAUUCGGCAGUGGAGAGAAGUUGGACACCUUAUGUAACUCCUGAUAGUUGAAGAGAUGCUUUUAGUUUUCCUGUUUGGUAUAAUCUUGGCUCUAGUUUUGUCUUGUGUAACAUCUCUUACAGUGAGAUGUCUUCCUUUUCCUCAUUUCAGGAUAUUUUCAUCAGGGAACAUAGAGCUUUGAAAUCCACUUCUUCAUGUAUUGAUGUGAUCAGGGGUCUCAAUCCUUGAAUAUCUAUAUUCUUUACAUUUACUGAUUGAUAUCUGUGGAAACAUGCUUAUAUGUAAAAAAUUAAAUUCACCUGAUUAUAGUUUGUUGUGGUGUUUUUAAUAUGUUGACUUGGUUUGAGAGCAUAAUCUUGAAUUUUUUUUCAUCAAGGAAGUUGUGUUAUAGUUUUCUUCGUUGUUAAGUCCUUCGUGGUUUUGGCAUCAUGGUAAUAUGACGACCUUUUAAGAAUAAAUUAGUGUUUCUUCCCUUUAUAUUUAGUGAAAUAGUUUGGGAAGUGUGGUAGAAUUCAACAGUGAAUUCGUCAAGUCCUGUGUUUUCCUUGUGGAGACAAUUCAUUUCUAGCUUAAGGAUGUUGCCCUUUUACACUGUUCACAUUCCCUUGACUUAUUUUUUUUCAUCUGUUUAUUUUGUUUUGUUAUUGACUGAGAACUUUAUACAUGCACGUAAUACAUUUUGAUCAAGCCCACAUACUCCCAUUCCUAUUCCUUUCCCUCCAAUUCUUCCAUCCCUCCCACCACUUUCAUUCUCAAUUUUAUUUGUUCUCUUCCAUUUUUAACCUACAGUCUCCUUAGUGUUUCCAGAAUAUACAUGGGUGCAGCACCGUCUUCUAUGGCAUGAGUAGCUUCUCCCUUACCCAGCAGUCAUCACUUGCCAAUAGCUACUUAGGAGUGGGGCUUUCUGCACACCUCCCACCUCCUUGCUGGGAUUUAUGUCUGGCUUGAGCUUCUGUAUGCAGUCACAUCUGUUGUCAGUUAGUAUGUGCAACUGUUGUAUCUAGAAUGCACUGUUUGACUGUAAUAAUCCACUCUCUGGCUCUCACAUUCUUUCAGCUCCCUCAUCUGUAAUGAUCCCCCCAGUCCUUUGAGAGAAGAACUGUGAUGUAGGUAGAUGUUCCAAUUAGAGCUGAGCCCUCCAAAAUCUCUUAUUCUCUGCAUGUUGACCAGUGGUGAGUCUGUUAAUUACCAUCUACUUCAAAAACAGCAAGAAAACUCAUCCUAUGUCAUGAAGAUACAUUUUUCUAUGGGUAUAAAGAUACCCUUUAACAGAGUAAUAGUAGAUUAUUAGAAAGUUUGUCACAUUAAUGCUGCCAGACUUGGGUUUUAUCUUGUGGAUUGUGUGAAAUGGUCCUGAAAUCCAGCCAGAGUGGUUGGUUGGUUAUUCCAACAUUCAUGCCAUACUCAUGGCCAUGUCUUCUCGGACUCAUCUGUAAUUGUAGUUCAGAGGCUUCUCAGCUGGGUAAGCUUGAUGUUUAGUCUUGUCCCUUGGUAGUAUGCACAACAUCAUCUAGCGCUAUGAAAGCUAGCCAGUAGGACAAAGCCUCUAGGUCAGUAUAAGCUAUGAUUUCUUAAUGCUCUAUGACUCAAUGUGUGGUGUCUUUAAUAAGGUCUUACUGUCAAGUUCAGUGUGGUAACCAAGGACAAUCGCAAUAGCCUAUAAUAUUUGGAGGGGGAGGCCUAUGAAACCUCCAACUUUUGGCCUAAUUUUGAUAUUUCAUAUAUGUCUUGAAGUUCUUGAUUUUCCAGUUUAUAGUAAUGUAAGUUUUCAAAGUAUCCUCAAAUCAUUCUCUUGAUUUCAUUUUCUGUGUAUUGUAAUCUCUUCUUUUUCAGCUCUAACUUUAUUCAUAUGAAUAAGUGUAUAAAAGAAAGCGUAAGAUAAUAAUGAAGUACUUAACUAAAUUUUGUAACUAUUAUGACUGCCCGAAAGUUGUAUAAGGAGCAGCUACAGGGUUGAAGUUUUUUGAGUGGUCACCCCUUCUCAGUGUACUUUUUGGUGAUGCAACUGACUUUGAGUCACUCUUAUUCCUGUAAGUAAUCCCUUAUUGCUACUCCUGUAAGUAAAUCUCAAUAAAAUCAUUGUUCUCCAA